CAGUGUGCGCUCACGGUUGGUUGAGUCUGCGACAUUAAAACGCGAAGAAAUUCCGAAAGUGGCGGUUCUCGCAGGCACUAAGCCCUUAACGUAACGACGGGAUAAAACGAGUACUAUGAGACCAGACCCUGCGAUGCUUCUAGAUGGUUUUGACGGACAGUCGAAGCUGCUGCUUCGGGCGCUGAUGUCCGGUACGUCGGGGACUCGCAGGGCGCUGACUGUAUUUCAAAGACUUCGGCGGGCGAGCUCCAACUUCUCUUUAGGAAGCUUCGUGGAAACUCUAUGUCGAGACAAAAUAAGCUGUUUGGAAGAUGAGUCUGGGCAACUUGAAAUUAAACCAAUUGUGUGGCUGUUUCCAACAUCCUUCAGACAAAACUUGCUGUCUUUUCUUUAUUUGGUUCAACCUCAUCUUCCCGAGAGCGCCGUCCUCCCUUUGCUAAAAUGCCUCGUCCAGGAAACUGGCACCAGCCCGUGGGUCACUGCCCUGGUGAAACAGCUGGAAGUCAGGUCUGGGACUCACCGGGAACAGCCUCUGUGCACCAAUAGAUGCACUCAAAGGCUGAAGGAACUCUCAAAACGCUUGGUGGGUUCUGGUGAGGUCAGAGGUUGGGCCACAUACUUUAGCAGUCCAAGAACAAGUUCAGAACUGAAGGAUGUGCCUGAUGUAUCUGAGCUGGGGACUCAAAGGAAAAGAAGGGGCAGUUUCAUCCAUCUGGACUCAGACAGUGAAGAAACACAACAACACAGUAAACGAAGAAAAACGGAGGAUGAGUGUGCUGAUAAAGGAGAGGGUGUAAAAGCAAUGAUGCCAGUUGUGACUGAAAGUGUUCCCGCUUUAAUUCCUCCACCAGAAAAGGCCUGUGAGGCUCUACCCGAAGACAUGAAGGUCUCAUAUCUCCAAAUAAAAGAGUUACUACAAAGCCAGGCAGAUGUGUGGGACCAAAAUGCAACAAAUUUAUUCAAAGUUCUGAACAACUGUGACCUUCGCCAAGUUGAGGUGUUUUGUACCAGACUGAAGUUUCCUGAGUUACCUGAACACAUCCUACCUAAGCUGUGCGGCAGCCUUUUGUCGCUCUCUCCUGACCUGAGCUACAGCACCGCAACUUCCCUCAUCAGGCAUCUUCUGCUGGAGAAGGUCCUUGCGCUGUCAGAACCAGCCUCUAGAUGUUUGGUAAUGGCGGUCACCUCACUUUGUGACCGCUACCCCAGAUCCACGUGCCAUGCUUUGAUUGGACCAGUGCUUGAUGAUAAAAACAUAGGGAGCCCACAGGUGGAGCUGCUGAACAGACUGAUAGAGGGCUGUCUUGAAUCUCACUACAAACUGCUGGUGCUUCAGUUGACAUUCAAGGUUGAAUGGAGUGAGGCGGUGCUCUCCAUUAUCCACAGCUUGCUAGAUUCUGAGCCUUUCCUAAAUGCAGACGUUUUCACACAGUUCACUGAACAGCUCGUCACUCAGGGUCCUUCAUUCACCAAGUCUGUGAAGUUUGCAAAAAUGAUGUUCACAGCUCUUACCAAAUAUGGCAGUCUUGUGAAUGCUGCGCAUAAACACUCCCUGUCUGCUUGCCUGAUGUCAAAUGAGACGUUCCUGAAGAAAUCUCUUCUAUCUGCUUUGAAACGAAUCACAUGAGGAGUCUGACAUUAAACCUUUUACAUCACUUAAGCAGAAAUUGUGUUUUUGUAAAAGUUGAUUGUGAUGUGGGAAUUUCUCAGUUUGUCUUUAGUUAUCUAAAAAAAAAUCUAUGGCAGUGAAAUAACUAAGUAAACUUUUGACAUAAUUUAAUUGAAUGCAAAUGUUGCUUUAUUUGAUAUUCACACAUUAAAGGUAUCUGUUUACAAAAGUGCAA